AUGCCUGAUCGUGACGACCACUUGCAUAGAGGGGAUGAGGGACAGCAUAGCGAAGAUGAAGGGAGUGAAAAAAGUGAUGACGAGCACCAUAAUGAAGAUAGCGAAAAACGGGAGCCUGCGCCGUCGGCCGAUGCUUCUCCCGAGUCUCGUCGCACGCUAGAGGAGACGAUGGCAAUGUUUGACUUUGGGCGUAUUGGAGGUUUCAUGAGUCAGAUAAAUACUCGUCUACGUACUCUACUCAACAACAUCAAGCCUUCUGCCGAUCCUUCCACGAGGCUCGUGGCUCUGCAAGAGCUUAGCGAGCUCCUGAGUAUCAGCACUGAAGACACUCUGGCAGGCUCAUUCCAGAUCGAGAGUUUUGUCAGGGAGCUCGUUCGUGUUCUAGGCGGAAAUGGCGGCGAAGCGGCGCAGGAUGAAGUCGAUGAUGAUGAUGAUAAUGGCGGCGAUGAAGAAGCCGCGCUUGCUGCAGCACUUGCAAUGAGUUCAGGUGGCGCAUAUACAGGGGAUGAGAACCUUGAAGCACAAUUGCUUGCUUGUCGCUGUCUUGCUAAUCUCAUGGAAGCUCUUCCUGGUUGUGGGCAUACCCUUGUCUACCAUGGUGCCAUCCCUGUUCUAUGCAGUAAAUUAAUUGAGAUCUCAUACAUCGAUCUUGCUGAACAGACGCUUCUUACUCUCGAAAAGAUAUCAGAAGAAUACCCGAGUGCAAUCGUGCGCGAGGGUGGCUUGGCUGCCUUACUGAACUAUCUGGACUUCUUCUCCAUCGCCGUUCAGCGUACUGCUUUGCAAGCUGCAGCAAACUGCUGCCGUAACUUCUCACCUGACCACUUUGCAAUGAUCAAGGACGUCUGGCCAAUCAUUCGAAAUUGUUUGGGUUACGCCGACCAGAGACUUGUUGACUUCGCGGCUCUCUGUGUGAUCAGAAUCAUUGAGUCCUAUCAUCGUUCACAUGCUGACAAGCUUGAGGUGCUUGUGGAUGCGGAACUUAUCAAAGCGGUGAACGUCUUGCUGUUACCAGCGGGAGGUUCUCCACUUAUCUCGGCAGGUACAUAUACGCAGCUGGUCAAAGUUAUGGCUACGGCUGCAAGAGCCAGUCCGACAAUUUCGCUGGCCCUUUUGCAAGCUGAUAUCGUGACAACAAUAUAUCAUAUAUUGACGGGAGUACUACCACCAGCGCACAGUGAAGAAGAGCAAGGGAACAGUGCUACCGGCCAGGGAUUUGGUGGUGGCUUGGCAGAUAUGACCGUUAUGCAGAAUUUAGCGCAUAGACCCAAGGAACAAGUGGAAGAAGCAUUGACACUUGUUCUAGAACUUAUGCCUCCACUGCCUAAAGAUGGUACGUUUGAUCAUAAAGGGUAUUCAGAAAAAGCACUCCAUCGUAUGAUCAAGGCAAAAGGGAAAGCUGAUAGGGCUGCCGCACGAGCGGCGGCGGUAGCCAACUCAGCCGGUGUGCAAUCAGCUGCCUCGUCACGAGCGCAUACGCCGACGGGAGGCGUGCAUACCCCUGCAGAAGAUGAUGCUGCGACGCCUGGUAGUGUACCUGCGCCUGACAUGCCUGACAUACCUCCAGUCCUUCCAUUACCUGGUACUUCCUCAGCUGAACCCACAGUCGAUCGUGCAACUUUGCUCCGCCAGCACGAGCACGUCGUUAAUCGUUUCAUUACCCCGAUGGUCCCGAUUUUAGUCGAUGUUUAUGCAGCGAGCGUCUCAGGUCCUGUACGGAUAAAAUCCCUGACUAGCAUUUUGAAAGCUAUAUGCUUCCAGGACGAGGAACAAAUAAAGAAUACUUUAAGUAACGUACCUAUCGCGAGCUUCAUUAGCUCAAUCUUAUCCGCAAAGGACAAUCCGAACCUUAUGAUCGGAGGUUUGCAGUUGGUUGAGCUUCUGUUGAGCAAGGCACCUGCGGAUUACAAAGCUUCUUUCAGGCGAGAAGGUGUAUUACAUGAGAUCGAAACCCUCGCUACACGCCAACUUCCUCCACGAGCGAAAGACAAGGAGAAAGAGAAGGUCAAAGAAGAAAACAAGGAUGAGUCGGUACCACCUGAAGCUCUUCCAUCCGCCCCCAUUUCUUCGUCUGCGAUCACGUUGGUAUCGGGUAGCCGUCGGCCUCACAUCUUGGAUCCUGAAGAUGCUUAUACGUUACGCGCUCGUGUCAUCCGAUUCAAGUAUCUUUCGAACGAUUCACAGGAGGAAGCAGAUGCGGCUUUCGCUCGUUUGCGAUAUCUAGUGACGGGCCUUAUGCAGAAGGAUACGAGCGACCAGCAACUCAGCGAGACAAUGGGGUCGUUAGGGAAUAUAUUUGCUUCGCAGCAGACUGUAUCCAGCUUUGAGCUCAUGCAGAGUGGUAUCGUGGAUGCUUUGCUUGAGUUUGCAACUUCGAAAGACUAUACUGUUGAUGUUGCUCGACGUCAGGAGAUCGUCAUGGAUAAGUUAGCUGCUUACAGGGACGAGAAGUCCGCUGGCCCAUCUAUUGGUGUGUUGGUCAAGAAACUGCAAGAAAGUUUGACCCGAAUGGAAUCCUUUGAAGUAACCACGGUUUCUUCUGGGUUGGAAGACUCGAAGCGAAGCACGCCAUCACUCCUCGCACGUCAGAUCAAGCUUCGGCUCAUUCCUGAGGACACGUCGGAUUCAUCCACCAGCAACUUGGUGGUAUCGAUUCAUGCUAUUGCAACUUUCCAAGCGUUGAACGAUUAUCUCCGACCGAGACUGGGUGGAUUGCUUUCGGGCUCUACUACUGGCUCGAGGUUGUCCGGGAUGCUAUCAGCUUUAGCUGCCGGCCGAUUCCCUCCUGAAAUCUUAGCUGCUGGUGGUCUCGGUGGUCUGCCUAGCGCUCUGGCCGCUCCACCUCCUCCACAAGUGCAGACUGAUGAAAGCAGUGGCGAAUCCGACCCAAGACCAGAGCGCCGUAGAAGUCAGCGUUUGAGCGCGAAGGCAUCUGCGGGGUCUAUGUCAGAAUCUGUCAUAGCCAAUCCACAAGCCUCGAGUUCUGUAGCUACACCUCCUUCUGUGGCCUCGACUUCUACCGCUGUCGCUCCUAGUCAGGACAAAGGCAAGCGGAGGAGGUCGAACUCGCACAAGAGCCCGUCGGGCGAGCAGAAUGGGAGAGUGUCACUUGAUGAUGAAGAUAUAGAUUCGGACGGCGAUUAUAUGGAUGCUGACGUGGACGCCGAGGUGUUUGAGGAUGAUAUCGAUGAGGAAGAACAUGUUGAUGCGGAGAAGACAGUUACUCUUUCAGUUAAUGACGACGGUUCUAAGAUAGAGGCACAAACACCCGAGGGGACUCGAGUAGCAACACCCAGCUCGGGCGGACCUGCUGCGGGACCUUCAACAAGUUCAUUAACACAAAAGCCCUCAUAUGCGGCCGCUUUGAAAAAUAAACCUACCGAUUGGCACUUAGAGUUCUCCAUGGAUGGGCAUGUCCUGCCUUUGGAUAUGACUAUUUACGGAGCUGUCCACCAACAUGAAUCACGCAAAGCAUCUGGCAAUUCUGUUCCUUUAUCUAUGCUUUACACAUCAGUUUUCCCCGUCAAAUAUAAGAAAGUACCAGGUCCACCGCCUCCUCCAGAAAGUGAGCAAAUUGCUUCACUGGUUUGUACCUUGCGAGCUCGGUCACCUGUGUCAUCUUUAGCAUCACUCCCCGACGACGCACCUCACUCGAAGAUAUUGAAACUACUCCGUGUUUUACAUAAACUUAAUGCCGAGGCGUCUGAGAGCGAAUAUGACAGGCAGAUCCUCCCUCAGGCUGCCUUCAUCAACAACAAACUCACCGCGAAGUUGACUCGACAAUUAGAGGAGCCAAUGAUCGUUGCCAGCUCAUCUUUACCGGAUUGGGCUAUGGACCUCCCGCUUCACUUCCCUUUCUUGUUCCCCUUCUCAACGCGAUUCUCCUUCCUACAAUCAACUUCGUUCGGCUAUGCUCGUUUGAUCCUUAGGUGGCAGAGCCAGAAUCGAGCACAGGAGUCGUCACGACGAGAUGAUCAGCUUGGGUUCCUUGGACGUUUGCAGAGGCAGAAAGUGCGCAUUUCGAGGAAACACAUCCUCGAGUCGGCAUUCAAGGUGUUCGAGUUAUACGGAUCAUCGUCUUCGAUUCUCGAAGUGGAGUACUUCGAUGAGGUCGGGACUGGGCUGGGACCGACACUCGAGUUUUACUCUCUGGUGUCGAGAGAGUUCGCAAGGAGAGAUUUGAAAAUCUGGCGAGAUGCUGAUGCGACGUAUCCCGGUAUCUACGUUCAUCAUCCGCACGGAUUGUUCCCUGCGCCGGUAUCUGCAGACCUUGUCGGUGACGGUGGAGAAAAGCGCACCUAUGUCUUCAAGAUCAUUGGCCAAUUCGUUGCAAAGGCGAUGUUGGACUCGCGUAUUAUCGAUAUGUCGUUUAAUAGGAUCUUCUUGAAGAUGAUUCUUGGAGAGGAGAUCCCGUUGACGAUUAAUACUUUGCGACUCGUUGAUCCACCUCUGGCAAAUUCGCUGUUCAAGCUUGAAGCGUUGGCUCAUAAUGCUGGUUCGGAUGAUGCUAAGAUGCAAUAUGGUUCCAUCGAAGACCUGAUGUUGGACUUCACGCUACCUGGUUAUGACAUCGAGUUACGACCUGGAGGAAAGGAAAUGGCAGUGACAUCGGAUAAUGUUAAGGAGUACAUUCAGGGUGUCAUCGAUGCUACAAUUGGUUCUGGUGCUGAGUUGCAGGCGAAAGCGUUCCGUGAAGGUUUCUCGAAAGUGUUCCCUGUGACGGACUUACAAGCUUUCACUGCGGAUGAGUUGGGUGUGUUGUUUGGCAGUGCUGUUGAAGAUUGGAGUGUGGACACGUUGAUGGAGUCGAUGAAGGCGGACCAUGGGUUCAACAUGGAGAGCCCAGCCAUUCGUGAUCUUGUCUCGAUCAUGUCAGAAUACGACGAAAUAUCGAGAAGGAGAUUCCUUCAGUUCAUCACUGGUAGCCCGAAGUUACCAAUCGGAGGAUUCCGAGGCCUUAACCCACCAUUUACUGUUGUACGCAAGCCGCAUGAAGCGCCGUACACUGCCGAUGACUACUUGCCGAGUGUGAUGACGUGUGUGAACUACCUAAAACUACCACAGUACAGUUCGCGAGACGUUAUGCGGGAAAAGCUAGAAACGGCUAUCAUGGAGGGUGUCGGAGCGUUCCAUUUGUCAUAA